UUGGUCUGCAGGUGCGUGUGUCUUAGUGGCUCAUUCGCGCCUUGGCUUCGAAGCGAGUCGCACACAAACGCACCGAGCGCUGGCAGUAGCAUCUUCUAGCCUGAGAACGCAGAGCUUCGGGAGCUUUCCAUUUCUCUGGGGCGACUAACUUGACACAGCCGCCAAAAUGUGUGACAUGGGGGGACUCGAUAAUUUGGUGGCCAACACGGCCUACCUAAAAGCCCAAGGGGGUGAUGACAAGGAAAUGAAGAAACGACGCAGAAGUCUCGCUCUACCAAAGCCAGAACAAUGUGCGGCACUCAGGUCGACUCUGGACAAGGACUUUGAGUCCCUCUGCGAACAGCAGCCUAUUGGAAAGAGGUUUUUUCGCCAGUACCUGGAUCAGGCGGAACCAGAGUGCACCGCUGCUGCAGAAUUUCUGGAUGAUCUGAACGACUGGGAGUUGUCGGAGGCCGCUGCCAAAGACAAGGCCCGUACAAAUAUCAUCAAUAAGUUCUGCAAGGAUGGCUCCAAGAGCUCCCUCACCUUCCUGACAGGAGAUCUAGCAACCAAGUGCAAGGCGGUUACCGACAAAGACUUCGAGGAGGUGAUGGGACAGGUGAAGGAGGCCACCAAAGAGUUCCUAAAAGGCAAACCCUUUACAGAUUACCAGACGAGCGAAUUCUUUGACAAGUUUUUGCAGUGGAAAGAGUAUGAGAGACAGCCGAUCACUGAAAAGUACUUUUAUGAAUUCAGGACACUUGGAAAGGGUGGAUUCGGAGAGGUGUGUGCAGUGCAAGUUAAAAACACCGGCCAGAUGUACGCCUGCAAGAAGCUCUGCAAGAAGCGUCUCAAGAAGAAACAUGGUGAGAAAAUGGCCCUGCUAGAGAAGAAGAUCUUGGAGAAGGUCAACAGCCUGUUCAUUGUCAGCCUGGCCUAUGCUUACGACACCAAGACCCAUCUCUGUCUGGUCAUGAGCUUGAUGAACGGAGGUGACCUCAAGUAUCACAUCUAUAACAUUGGCGAGAAGGGUAUCGAAAUGGAACGGAUCGUCUAUUAUACAGCUCAGAUUACAACCGGGAUUCUUCACCUGCAUGCCAUGGACAUUGUAUACCGUGACAUGAAGCCAGAGAACGUGCUCUUGGAUAGCCAGGGCCAGUGCCGUCUUUCAGAUCUUGGUCUCGCUGUGGAGAUUCCUGUUGGAAAGACCAUCACCCAGAAGGCUGGAACGGGAGCAUAUAUGGCACCUGAAAUCCUCACUGAAACCCCAUACAGGACAUCAGUGGACUGGUGGGCCCUCGGCUGCAGUAUCUAUGAAAUGGUAGCUGGCUACACCCCUUUCAAAGGUCCUGAAGCCAAGAAGGAGAAGGUGGAGAAGGAGGAGGUACAGAGACGCAUCAUUAACGAGGAACCAAAGUUUGAGCACAAGAACUUUGACGCCGCCACCACAGACAUCAUCAAGCAGUUCCUCAAGAAGAAGGCUGAUGAACGUCUUGGUUGCAAGGGUGAUGAUCCCAGGAAGCACCAGUGGUUCAAGUCCAUCAACUUUGCUCGUUUGGAGGCCGGCCUUAUCGAUCCACCCUGGGUGCCCAAACCCAACGUUGUCUAUGCAAAGGAUACAAGUGACAUUGCUGAGUUCUCUGAAAUCAAAGGUAUUGAGUUUGAUGCAAAGGAUGAAAAGUUCUUCAAGGAGUUUAGCACAGGUGCUAUCCCCAUUUCCUGGCAAAAAGAGAUGAUUGACACUGGACUCUUUGAUGAGCUCAACGACCCCAACCGGAAGGAAUCAUCCGGUGGUUUAGAUGGUGAUAAGAAAUCGGGCACUUGCACGCUUCUGUGAGAGGACCAAUCCAGCCACCCAGCCCAGAAUGCUUUCAGUGGCAUCACUAAUAUGAAUAAAGCUGUGCUCUGUGUCGAAGAAGAGUGGACCGUGACUGGAAAGAGAUGGGACUUAGUCCAUUGUAGCAUAGCAGGAGACUCUUGUUGCUUCAGAUGCACAGCCACAUGGUCUGAGAAACACUCCAUGAUGUGGUGGACUGAGCUAUGGACCAGUCAGGGAAGUUCUUCUCUGCAGUUCCUUUAUGUCUCGUGAAGUAGUCAACCUCCUAUCCAACAGGGGGUGCAAGUAAAAGUACUAUUCCCUGUUGAAAAGAUGCUAGAAGAGUAGAGGACCACAGGCCACCUAAAGAGACUUUAAGAUUGUGAUGUAACAAUAGCGACUCAAUGUAAUCGGCAGCAGUUUGUGAUCAGAAGGCAGAGAUGUGUGGAUAUGCUUAGUUGAGUCUUUCCUAAGAAGCAGCGGCUUGCGUUUCAAACAUCUCCUGCCUUGCCAAAUCACAGUUUAUUUGUGGAUUAGUUCACGAUGUACUAGUACACAAUUGGCAUCGACUGUACACAUUCUCUUUGUAAGACUUUAAGAAGCUACUGAAGGUCAGGCCCAGACGGAAUCUGCAGAAUUCUUCGUCCUUUUUUGAAUUCGGAAUUCUGUGGAAUGUACUAUAAGAUUAUGGCUAGCUGAAAGCAAAAUUAGCCAAAAUUCCUCUAGCCACCAAUCUGUUUUCCAAUUUGUUUGUCAAAUGUAGGGUUGCCUGGUUGCUUGAGUCUCAAGUUGUAUAGACGGCAAGUCCAUUAACAGGGUGAAAUUUGUGAAAAUAUGUAAAAAGAGCAUUGUGAAGGAUGCAAAAAUGGAAUCAGAUUCCAUGUGGGCCUGCUUGUGACACAGGUAAACAUGGGCAUGCUAACAAAGUGCAUUUGAAUGAAUUGUGUAAUUGUUACAAUCUCUGUUGUAUAAGUCUCGCACAAAUUGACCCUUUGCAGGGAAUCUGAUUAACAGGCUAUUUGACCAAUCAUAUUGUCCGACAGACAAACCAGACAGAAUAGUAGAUUAACAUCGGUGAAUUUGAAAAAUGGUAUGUGCUGACGUCUUACCGCGGUUAAACCAAGAUACCUCCUGAUGUUCAUUCAUGUUUAUUUCAUGCGGUAACAGGAGGAAGAGAUGAACGGUUCACGUGUCGUUUGAACAGAGGAGCUACAACAAUCUGUCACGACACACAACCAAAGGUUUGGUUUGCCCAAAAAUAAAAAUUAGCCCAUGUUUUACUCAUCCUCAAGGCAUCCUAGGUGUAUAUGACUUUCUUCUAUCAGUCGAAUCCAGUCCGAUUUUUUAUAUUAAAAAUUGUCUCUUCCAAGCUUUAUAAUGGCAGUGAGCGGGUGUUUCUGUUCAAAAAGUCCACAAUAAAGCCAGGGGGUAAGUAAAGUCCUCCUGUAUCAAACUGAUGCAUUUUUGUAAGAAAAAUAUCCAUAUUUAAAACAUAAUAACCACUUUCCUCUAGCUUGCGCUAACUGUUGUACACGGAAGCCAUUCCAGGUGGAAGACGUAGUACGUAUACAUUGCGUAUGCGUCGCUGAGAAGUGAUGAAAGCAGAAGCAGCAAGAAGAGAGCAGAACAAAACAUCGGUCAUGAAUUAGAAGUACAAAAGGAGGGUUUGUAAAGAAUAAUGUCUGAAAAUUUCGAUAUAAGCCAAAAGAAGACAGGUUUUACUUUGAUAAAGUAAGGAAACUUUGCUUCCUUUGCUCCUGUAAACAAACGUUGUUUUUUGCAAGAUCAGUCAUACUGAGAGCAGCUUACACAUAUAACGUUAACCCAAGCUAGAGAAAAGUGAUUAUUGUAUUUUAAAUAUGGAUAUUUUUACAAAAAUGCAUUGAUUUGCUACUAAAGGCCUUUAUUCACCCCCCGGAGCCGUGUGGCGCACUUUUUUUUUUUAGUAUGGAUGAAUGCGCUUUAUUGCACUUCUUUUGGGCUGUUGAACAGAAACACCCACCCAGUAUAACUCCAAUUGGAUUUGACUGAAAAAAGAAAGUCAAAUACACCUAGGAUGCCUUGAGGGUGAGUAAAUCAUGAGCUGAUUUUCAUUUUUGAGUGAACUAACCCAUUAAAGAGCCACAAAAUGGUAUUUGUUGUUUGACUUUCUUACAAAAUGACUAAACUUGAAAGCUGAGACUUUGUUUCAUACCUAGAAGUAACAUGCUCUGCCAUGUCUGUCAUUUUCAGUUUCUCCGCAAUGUAUUUUUCACUGCGUGAGAACUUGAUUUUUGUAUAUGUGAAGCAAGCAUGUGUGUGAAAAACAUGAUGUGUGGCUUGAGAGAGUCAUGACUUGUCAGACAUAGCAACAGUAACAAAAAGGAGGCGGGUCUUUGCGAAGGGUCAAUUGUUAACUCAUGACCUCCAUGCUUGUGAUCUUUGAUAGCAGGGCUUAUCUGAUUCUGCACCUAGAUUUUUAAAUGAGUUGUGUGUAUAAAUAUGUACAUAUAAAUAUGAAUUAAUAAAUCAACAUAUAUUAGCUCUGAAAUUAAAUAAAAUCAGAGCUUGAUUGCUUAGCAUUUAAAGAUUAUUCCAUUUGUGUUUUGUUAUCAUAUCUCAUCAUUACAGAGUGGUAAAGAGCCUUUCUUUUACAGUCAAGUUUAGCCGAAAGAGAUCAGUCCUCAAGGGGAUAAACAGAGGGCUUUGGCACUGAUACAUCUGCUAAAUCCAAGAUGGAGGUUAUUAGUGGUGUUGCUUCUGUGAUGCUGAGCAAGAGCAAAAAACAUUAUUGUGACAUAAAAUGGACCAAACUACCUGUCAGCAAAUGAAUUAUUCCUUCAGUGUCUUUGCCAGAGUUUUUACUGUUUGUGAGGUAAGUAAUAAUGAUUGAAUGUAAUGUAUAUAAACUUUGAGAAUAAUUCUAAAUGGAAGUUUCAGUUAUUCAGCAUG